GUCCCUUACAUGCCUGAGUACAAUUUGACUGUCAUUCUGGAAGAGCGAAGCUAACGUAGGCUACUCUAUGUGAAGUUCAGUUUGACGACACUGAGUAGCUAACCGGUGCCCGCAGAAGUGUCCUUCGGCUCCACGGUGGCUAACGUAACGGUAUUUUUCGAUGAGAUACAGGGGUGGUUUGAUCUUAUCACGGAGCUAUGGCACAAGCUCUUACCUUGGUCGGCUCCCUGGCAAGGUUAAAGGGGAAAUAUUUGCCAGUAGAGGAUACUGCACUCCCCACCAAAGCCCAAAAGAUGAAAUCACUAAAACGGGGGCUGCUCAACAUCGCGCAGUGGCAGCCCUGCAGAACUUCACAGAGCUGGGACGGCAAUGGGGGCAGAACUUAGCGCGGACCGCCUCGGCCACGGGUAACUACUGGUGGGUAAAGUACGAAGAGUUUGUGGGCCUAAACGAAGUGAAGGACGCCCAAAUGAAUGUAACAGAGGCGGAGAAGGCCUUCAUGGUGGCGAGAGGGAUGGUGCGCGAGGCCCAUGUGGGUGUGGAGGCCCUGCAGGGGAGGCUGAAGGAGGUGCGAGACCGGCUGGACAGGGUGUCCCGCGAGGAGGCUCACUACCUGGAGCUGGCUACCCUGGAGCACAAGCUGCUGCAGGAGGAGCGGCGCCUGCGGACAGCCUAUGAGAACGCGGAGGGGGCGGAGCGGGAGAGGUUCUCCCUGUUCUCGGCCGCGGUGCGGGAGAGCCACGAGAAGGAGAGAACCCGGGCGGAGCGCACUAAGAACUGGUCCGUCAUCGGCUCCGUGCUGGGCGCCCUGAUCGGCGUCAUGGGCUCCACCUACGUGAACAGGGUCCGGCUCCUGGAGCUGAGGGGCCUGCUGCUGGAGGCCCAGAAGGGGCCUGUGAGCCUGCAGGAGGCCAUACGGGUGCAAGCAGGCAUGCACAAGGCCCAGCAGGAGGAGCUCAGGGGCCUUAUCGACUCCCUGAGCGGGGUUCUGCGGGAUAAGAGGACGGAGGAGGAGGACAGGACAGCUCCAGGCCCCGCCCUCGCCCCAAGCCCCACCCUCACCCCACAGAGCCCCUCCCCCAGUGCCUUUGAGUCCGCCCUAAAGGUGCUGCUGCUCUCCACCCAGAAGGCUCAAACUCUGAUGGAGGGGCUCCAGCCACAGCUGAGACACCUGGAGGAGAGCGUGGGCAAAAUGGAGUCCGAGCUCCAGGCCGUCAGGGCGUCGAUAGAGACCCACUAUGGUGCUGAUAAGGUAGUUGUCAGUGCCCCGGACACACCGGUGUUGGUGUGCGAGACCGAGGACGUCAUGCACGGGCUGGCCCAGACUGAGAAGAGGCUUGGGAACCAGAUUAAUAAAACCACCUUAUACAACACAGUUCUGACAUACACUGCUUUUGCUGUUACGCUACCUCUAUUGUACAUAAUUUUCAGAGGCAGUUGAUCAGUGUUGCUCCAGUAAUCAAUGUGCUAGCGCUAUUAAAAUAAAUGAGCGAAAGUCAAAUUAGAGCUGCUAUUGCUUUUCUUCUUUGGUGUACAAGGGAAGCUGAACCAUGCACUGACUAAUAAAAUGUUUCCAAAAUAAAAUAUAAAUAAUGA